AUGGAGGCAGGAAACCAAAUGCCCGUGACAGAAUUCGUCCUGGAGGGACUCUCGAACACCAGGGAGCUUCCCUCUCUCUUCUUCCUUCUCUUCCUCCUCCUCUACCUGCUCGCCCUGCUGGGCAACGCCCUCACCCUGCUGACUGUGCUCUACGAUCCCCGACUCCACGCUCUGCCCAUGUACUGCUUCCUCGGCCACCUCUCCUUCCUCGACGCCUGCCUCUCCUCCGUCGCCGUGCCCAAGAUCCUGGCUGGCUUGGCGGGGCCUGGUGGCAGGACCAUCUCCUUCGGCGGCUGUGCGGUGCAGCUCUACGUCUUCCAUUUCCUGGCCAGCACCGAGUGCUUCCUCUACAUGGUGAUGGCCUAUGACCGCUUCCUGGCCAUCUGCCACCCUCUGUGCUACACCGUGGUCAUGAGCAGAAGGGCCUGCAUGGGGCUGGCAGCCGGCACCUGGCUCACCAGCUCACUCUGUGCCACGAUCCACACCGCCCUGACCUUCCGCCUGCCCUACUGUGGCCCCAGCCGGGUGGAAUACUUUGUCUGCGACAUCCCCUCUGUGCUGAAGCUGGCCUGUGCCGACACGGCUGCCGACAAAGCUGUCAUUCUGGCCAACAUCGGGGUGGUGGCAGCUGGCUGCUUCCUGCUGAUCUGCAUUUCCUACGCCUACAUCUCAUCUGCCGUCCUGAAGAUCCACACGGCCCAGGGGAGGCUGCGGGCCCAGUUCUCCACCUGCAGCGCCCACCUCAGCCUGGUGCUGCUGUUCUAUGCGCCACUGCUGUUUGUAUACGUGCACUCCUAUUCGAGUCACGUAUCCGACGGGGCAGUGGCUGUGUUCUACACCAUGUUCACCCCGCUUUUGAACCCUUUCAUAUACACGCUGAGGAACAAGGAGAUGAAAAAGGCCCUUAGGCGACUUGGUUAUGGAUCAGCGCUGUCUCAGAAUGGAACCAAAAGCUGA